CAUCGUCUGUGGUGAGGACACAACUAAUUAUCUGAAGGGGAUACCAUCCGCCCAACUGUCAAUUUCAGGACAGAGAUUCCCUUCAACCCACCCCCUUCUCCCCCUCUACCUAGCCCAGCCUCCCUCCUCUAUCAGUUCUGACUGUAAACACACCGACAACUUGAGGGAAACAAAGCAUCAGCCUUCUGCUCCGUCGUUUGUGAGCGAGAGGCAAUCUGUAUUCAGCUCUUCUCUGCCUGAAGCUUUCAUCUCUAUCCCUCUCUUAUCCUCCUUUGAUUUGACCUAGCCCCCCGACAUUUGGGUUCUGCUCUGGCUCACCUUCAUUUACGCACAGGGGAUGAAGCACUCACUUUCUCAGCUGUCUGCAGUGUUGGCCUGAUCCUCCUUUGCACAGGGAAAUGCAGGUGCAGAUCUGAAGGAGCAACUGUCAGACACCAUGGAACCCAUCAGCCACCAAGGCACGCCACGUCUCUCCUGGAUAGAUACCCUCUACAGCAAUUUUAACUACGGGACGGAUGGAUAUGAUGCCGAAGGCAAUGAGGAACACAAAAUCUCACGUGAAGGCUCUGAAACGAUGCCCUACAUUGACGAGUCACCCACCAUGUCUCCUCAGCUCAGUGCCAGGAGCCAGGAUAGUGUUGAUGGGGUCUCACCAACUCCAACAGAGGUGCUUCUGCCUGGGGGGGAAAGUGAGUCGGACAAGGGCCUGUUGAUGAGACAACUUGUCCUGUCGGGGGUUCUGGCAAGUGAAGAAAUUUAUAUAAACCAACUGGAAGCUCUACUGCUGCCAAUGAAGCCUCUGAAGGCCACGGCCAGCACUUCCCAGCCUGUGCUAACCUUGCAGCAAAUAAAUGAUAUUUUUUACAAGAUUGAAGACAUCUAUCAGAUGCACAAGGAUUUCUAUGACAAACUAUGUCCCAUUGUGCAGCAGUUUGACAACACGACAACUGUAGGACACCUCUUCCAGAAGCUGGCCAGUCAGCUGGGGGUGUACAAGGCCUUUGUGGAUAAUUACAAAUUUGCUUUGGAGACGGCAGAGAAAUGCGGCCAGUCCAACAUCCAUUUCUUUAAAAUCUCCGAGGAUCUGAAAGUGAAAGGGCCCAAGGAGUCAAAGGAACAGCCUCGGUCUGUUACCAUGGAAGCAUUGCUGUACAAACCCAUAGAUCGUGUGACACGGAGCACUUUGGUACUGCAUGACCUCCUGAAGCACACACCUACUGAUCACCCUGACUAUCCCCUGCUGCAAGAUGCCCUCCGUAUCUCUCAGAACUUCUUGUCCAACAUCAACGAAGAUAUUGACCCGAGACGGACUGCAGUCACUACACCAAAGGGAGAUCCUCGACAGCUGUUAAAGGAUGGAUUUUUGGUUGAACUCUCGGAAAAUUCCCGGAAGCUGCGGCAUCUUUUCCUGUUUACAGACCUCCUCCUGUGUGCCAAGCUUAAGAAAACCACUGUGGGGAAGCACCAGCAGUAUGACUGUAAAUGGUACAUCCCACUUGCUGACCUUGUCUUUCCUUCCCCGGAGGAGUCUGAGCCCAUCCCUCAGCUCCAUGCCACUCCAGAUCAUGAGAUUGAAGAAAUGAAGGCAAAGAUCUCUGUUCUAAAGAGCGAGAUUCAAAAAGAGAAGAAGUCCAAUAAAGGCUCCAGUCGUGCAACGGAGAGAUUAAAGAAGAAAAUGUUCGAAUAUGAGUCCUGGCUGCUCCUCUAUUCCCCUACCAUUCCCUUCCGAAUACAUAACAAAAAUGGCAAGAGCUAUUUCUUUCUAUUGUCCUCUGAUUACGAGAGAUCAGAAUGGAGAGAGGCCAUCCAGAAGUUACAGAAGAAAGAUCUUCAGGCCCUUGCACUCAGCCCCUUUGAGCUCCAGAUGCUCACUGCGUCCUGCUUUAAACUCCGAACUGUUCACAACGUUCCCAUCAUCAGCCAUAAGGAUGAUGAUGAAUCUCCAGGCUUAUAUGGCUUCUUGCACAUAAUCAUUAAAUCUGCCAAAGGAUUUACUCACUCUUCCAAUCUCUAUUGCACACUGGAAAUGGAUUCAUUUGGUUACUUUGUCAGCAAAGCCAAAACCAGGGUAUUCCGGGAUACUACUGAGCCUGAGUGGAAUGAGGAGUUUGAAAUUGAACUGGAAGGAUCUCAGUGUCUAAGAAUUCUCUGUUAUGAGAAAUGCUUUGAUAAAAGCAAACUAAACAAGGACAACAAUGAAAUUGUAGACAAAAUCAUGGGCAAAGGACAGAUCCAGUUGGAUCCUCAGGUGGUGCAAAGUAAGAACUGGCACGAUGAUGUCAUUGAGAUGAAUGGGAUUAAAGUGGAGUUUUCCAUGAAAUUUAGCAGUCGGGACAUGAGUUUGAAAAGGACGCCUUCCAAAAAACAGACUGGUGUAUUCGGGGUUAAAAUAAGUGUCGUAACGAAGCGCGAGCGAUCUAAGGUGCCGUAUAUUGUACGUCAGUGUAUAGAGGAGGUGGAAAAACGUGGAAUUGAGGAGGUCGGGAUUUAUAGAAUAUCUGGAGUGGCCACUGACAUUCAAACGCUAAAAGCUGCAUUUGACGCAAACAGCAAAGACAUCCUCAUGAUGCUGAGCGAUAUGGACAUUAAUGCAAUUGCUGGAACAUUAAAGCUGUACUUCCGUGAGCUGCCGGAGCCUCUCCUUACUGACAGGCUGUACCUCGCUUUCAUAGAGGGGAUGGCUCUGUCCGAUCCUGCUGCCAAGGAGAACUGUAUGAUGCACCUUCUACGCUCUCUCCCCGACCCCAACCUGAUGACGUUCCUCUUCCUGCUUCACCACUUGAAAAAGGUUGCAGAAAACGAACCCGUUAACAAAAUGUCACUCCAUAAUUUGGCGACGGUGUUCGGACCGACGUUGCUGAGGCCCUCGGAAGUAGAGAGUAAAGGCCAUACAAAUCUGGCUUCCGAUAUCUGGUCACACGACGUCAUGGCACAGGUCCAGGUUCUGCUCUACUACCUGCAGCACCCACCAAUCAGCUUUGCUGACUUAAAGCGCAGCACGUUGUACUACUCGACGGAUGUGUGAGGGCCAUAACCAGAAGAAGAAACAGGACGGCCCUGCUCCCCUAUGUAAAUUGUGCAAGAGACAUUCCAAGGACGGAGAUGGAAAUAGGAUGCCGUAAAUAAAAAAAUUAAAAAAUGGAAAACCCCACUCCCCGGGAGCACCCUGCAACUUGCUCGUUUUUGAAUUCUUUUGUACAGAGAUAGAAAAUGGAAGCGGAUUAAGACUCGGAACCAGCGACUGUGCUCCCCAUGCAACUAGCUGUAUUUUGUAUAUCGGUGUUCAGGCAAUAUUUUAUGUAGAGAAAAAUGGAGUCAUGGGUGAGCUCAGCUGUAGGAGCCUGCGUUUCUCAUCCACUUUUUUUCCUCUACGUGACGUGUUUGGGAUUUUGUUAAAAGCCGCACGAUGGGGGUCUUAGAAACUACCGAGUUGAGGAGAGACCUCUGCAGGAAGGGUGUCUUCUGCUCCUUUACUUUUGGGGGGACUGUUAAAGGCAACAUAUGGAGAAGGGCUCAUCAUCAUCAUCAUCAUCAUCAUCAACUCUUGCAGAAAGAGAACAGAUACUCCGAGCAUGACCGGUCACAGUUCACCUUUAGGAGUCUCAAGGAAUGCAAGAGGGCCAUCAGUCCAUAUAUUUUUUUAAUAUAAAUUGUUUCCCAGUG